GUUCCGCUGCGGCAGAGUCCGGCCGAGGCAGAGGGUCCGGCCGCUCCGUCCUGGCCAUGCUGCCGGCGCGCCUCCGCCCGGGGCGGCUGCUGUCCGCCGCGCCGUUCCGCCCGCCCGCGCGGGGAGCCGCGGCCGCCGGGGAUCCCGUCCGGAGCCCGGGCACCACCCGCGCUGAGCAGGCUCACAGGGUGGUUGCAAGUUGCAAACCUUCGAAGUUUGACAAAAAAAUCCUCCUCUGGACUGGACGUUUCAAGACAGAAGAAGAGAUUCCUCUGAGGAUCCCGCCAGAGAUGCUAGACAAGGCAAGAAACAAAGCUCGAGUGAAAGCCUGUUACAUCAUGAUUGGGCUCUCAAUUAUUGCCUGUUUUGCGGUGAUUGCUUCAGCUAAGAAGGCUGCCGCACGUCAUGAGUCCUUGACGAGCCUGAACUUGGCAAAGAAGGCCAAGUGGCGGAAGGAGGCUGCGCUGGCUGCGGAGGCGAAGACCAAGUAACUUUGUCUGAAAUGCUGAAUGUCCUUGGAAGAGCAAAAUUAACGGCUGCUGAGAGCAAUUAGUGAGUUUCACCCCUAAAUGGACAACUGUAGUAUGCACACCCUAGAGCCAGUAAGGGCAGCUACAGCAUCACAAAAAGAAAGGGAACGGCUCUUUCAUUAGGAAGAUAUUCAGGAUACUUGUUGCAUAUAAUUAAAACUAAUUUAGAAUGUUUUGCAUGUGAUUAAAAGCAGUAAUUAGUUUUAAAGGGGAUGAGGUAGUUUCUUAAGAAUGUCAGGUACCUUUGGUUAGAUAACCACAAAAUAUUUACACCCAAGAAGUUUUCUGUCUGGUGACAGUGCCUAGUUUUUCAGUGCACAAAUUGCCUCUAGGUACUCAUUGGCAUCAAUGCUGUAUUCAAAAUGGUAUUUGCAUUUUUAGCUUUAAGAAGCAACACUUACUGAAUCACUAAAUAAAUACAGUAAACAUCUGUAAAAUAGGUUUUAUUGGUUUCUGUAUGGUAUUUGGAGAUUUAACAUUCCAUAAUAUUGCAUACUACUUAUAUGUGUUCUGUUACAGUAAUGGGCCUUUGGCCUGGAUUUAAAGAUGCACUAUUACUAUCUGAAGUUAAUACAGGUAAUUUAGUUUUCCCACAUUAUAUAUGUAAGACAUUGUGCCAUAAGUAACUAGAAUUUCUCAUUCCAGAUUUCAGUGAAAUCUUGAGGUCACAGUUUAAGUCCACGUAUCAAUUUGCAGAUCUAUUACAAAAAUCCUCAGCUGUACAAUUUAAUAAAUAUAAACCUACUGAGAAUUAACCAUGGAAGAAAGACAAUAGUGCAUCUUUACUAUUUUUUUAAAGACAGGCCCAACAAUAAAUAGUUUCCAGUUGCAAACUUGUUCUACAGCAAACAUUUCUGUGCCAACAUUAUUACUAUUUUCUGAUUGCUGCUAGGAACAGUGUGUAAAGCAAAUACUAGAAAAUUAAAAAGCUGUAUGAACCAAUCCUCAGACAAAAGUGCAAUGAUAAAAAAAUUAGAUAUGAUUCAGUGUAACAAGAGUAGGGAGCUAAUAAAAAAAAAAUCUUAUGCUCUGCAUAGUUGCAUAGAUUAGCUAGUUAGUAUUCACAUUUAAGCAAAACAAAUGGUACCCUUUUAAUUAAACCCAAACCCCCGUACUUUUAAACAGACUUUGUAACUGAUGGGGCACUUCAGAUUGCAUAUAAAGUGCCAAACUUAAAGAGAUUUUCAUAUCACAGUUUUGUUUCUCUCUCCAUACUAGUUUCAUCUGUUUAGGUAUCAUCAUAAUCGUGCCCCUACCUGCAAAUGAGUACACCGGAGCUGACCUUAAGUCAUAAUCUCUGGUUUUAUUUUGUUCAUUUAUGUGCUUCUAACAAAGCAUGAUGUAAGCCCAGUGAUAAAAUAGGAGAGACCAUCCUUUAAACAAUUUUCAUUAUUGUUUUUUAACAAUAUCAGGGUAAACCAAAUGUUGAGUUUAAAUAAAGAUUUUCAUCAUCCUAAAUCCAUCAAUUUUAGUUCCCUUUCAAACUGUUCUAUUUAAAUGUAUCAGAGGCAUGAACUAUAGUUUGUCUAAAUGCGUAAAGUGCAGUCACUAACCGUCCACAAGAUAGAAUAAUAUAUCCACACAACUGAAGACAUUCUUUCAAAACAAAUAUAAUACUUUAAAUCUCCCCUCUUUUCUUCAUUUUCAAGUGUUUCAAUUAAGAUUUUGAUAGUUCAGAUUUGGUUUAAAUAAGAGAGGCUUAUAAAUGUAGUUUUACAGGGCUCUCCAAAUAAAAAGCAGGCACAGCUGGUUGUUAUCAAAACAAGGUUGUUAGAAAAAAAGGAAUACCCUGUUACCUGAAUAUUUUUCUUACACUAGAACACUGAAAUUCAGCAUUUGCUAGUAACCUUGGUAGAUUUCCAUGAUUGUUACCCUGUUCUUUGAUAGAUGGGCAGUGGGGAGAUCUUGGGAAAGAAUGAAGGUUGGUGUAUGAAAACCUAAAACUAUGAGAGUAAAAAGGGCGUAAGUACAAUCACCUAACAUUAUACGAAAAUUUGGCAACUGUACUCAAUAUUAUCACACUAUUCAAAAAUGUUGUAUGCUGUACAAAUCUAGGUUUAAAGUGUCAUUUGCUAAAAUAUCUCAUUAUUCAGAGUUCAUAAAGUAACAGCACUCCUAUAUACACUUCUUACACUUCUAUCUUCCACUAAAAAGACUUCAAUGGGAGGCUGCUUCCCUCCCAGUUAUAUCUUAGUCAAAACUGACCAUUAAUUUUAGAAAAUCCACUUCAAGUCCCACAUUCAAUUACAAUAUAGAAUAUAUUGCUGUAACAUCAAAAGUGAAACAUCUUAGAAUCUUAACUUGCAUGUAAAAAAAAUUCUAAAUAUAAAAUGGUACUGUAAAUGAUACCACCUUUAACCUGUAUUUUUCAGUGCAUUAAAAUAUUAUUUAGUGACAAGCACAGUGCCAUGGGUAAGUAAUUUGAAGUUUGAAUUGCAGCCUUUUAUGAAGCAUGAAAUGCUCUCAUAUGUCACAGAUUUCACUUAACCCAGGAGUUUGAUGUUAACACAUUACUUACAGGUAAUAAAAAAUAGCAAUACUUCAGAGUUAACCCAAAGUAUUAAUUUCUCCAAAUGAGAUAUACUACUAAUACACCAGAAACACUACUUAUAUGCAAGUUAAAGCAGAGCAUACAUUUUUCUGUACUCAAAACUGUUAAUGUAAAUAUUAGAAUUCUGUAUCUUUUAGUGUUUAACAGCAAACACUGUAUAUUGUAGAGUCUAAAUAUUUAGAUGACAGUAACUUCUAGUUAGUUUUGGUGUCCACAUACUUAAUGCUAUUUACAGUACAACAAACUUUUCCUUCAACUGGCAUGAUUCACUAUUCAUUUUUCACUGCAGUAUUUCUACUGUCUUACCAAAAGCAAACCAAAUUCAUUAACCUAAGGAACAUUUCAAGUGGCAGUAGCAUACUUGGUCAAAAAACAACACCUACUGUCUAAACUUUUAAGAAACUAUUGUACUAAAAAGCAAACAUUGCAAUGUUUCUCAAACUAAGAUGGUGUUACCACAUCUUGACAGAAGACAACUAUAAAACAUCAGCCUGGUGAUUGGUGCACAUCACCCUUCUGUCAGUCCUAAUUGCAGCUUUCUCGUGGUAACCACAGCGGCUGCUUCCACUGCAAAGUACUGCAGUUGUGGCUGACUUGUAAUGCCAUUUAGCAGCUUUCAUUACAGAGCCAACAUCUAAUGAACAGCAAGGUCUCUGCUGAUUCCAAUUUAAAAACCUCUGAAAUAGUCCUCUUCCCACAUAAUUCAGAAAGAACUUUUUCAUAUAUUCAGUAUUAUAUUAGGUAAUUAGUAUUAUAUAUGUAUAUCUAUUAUGUCUUUAAAUACAUUUUAUAAAUAAAUUCCAACAGUGUGUUGUAAAGUAAGUAAUGCAUAAAAGUUUCACAAUUUAAAUAAAUAUUUUUCACAUUCCAAUUCAGCUUCUUACAAGCUCAUCUUUAUUUCAUGCCUUAGUUCUGAAGCAAUGUUUCUGCUUCAAUACAAGAGGUAGAUUUGACAGGGACUGGGCAAGUCAAGCCUACUGCCAAAAAUUCAACUGUCAGUAACUGUAUUGCUGAUAUGAAGUUUGAGACUACAUGAAAAAUUCAGAACUACUACCGAAAAUCCUACCAAGCCUUAGCUAAACAGUUCUUGUUAAAUCACAUUUAAUGCUUUUAGACAUGAUUACUCACAGUUUUUUUCUGUACAUAAGAGAUAAUGAAGAACACAAAUACAAAACAGAGAACAGUUGUCUCUAACACAAUAUAUAAAAGUGCAUGAGCUGUUUCUUCAUCUAUUUCUGUAAAACAUAUUCAGCUUUUCCUCUAACUUUGGCCAUUAAGAAAAGACCUCUGAGAAAAAAAAACCCAAACCAUACAAGUGUUUAAAUUUUAUGCUUAUAUUCACUUCAGUAGUUUAGAGCUGAAACCCCUCCAUUGGAGCCUCCUGCUGCUGAAACACAAACUGCUGCUGACUUUCAUCCACCUGAGGUGCAAUACUAGAGUCCUCUUCUUCGACACCAAAAUAAUGUUCUAUGAGUUCAAAAGCCUUUUGGUAGAUCUCUUGGUUUUCAUGCCUCUGAAGAAAUUCAAUUUUAUCAAGUCCUAAAUUCAAAACAGAAAAUUUUCAAAUAUAUAGUGGCUUAAAUGAAUGAUGAAUUCAAAUAGAAACAGCUUAUAGUAUAGCAGUACUUCAAAAAGAUGCAAUCCCAAGUCAUCUCAAUUAAUCUGAAAUCACUGGUUCUUAAUUUCCUAACCCAUGGAUUUCUAGUCUUCAUUUUCUGCUGUCCAAACUCAUUUUAAAACUAAGCUAAAAGCAUUUCAAUUAAACUAAUAUCCCAAUUUCUGUUCUUCUUCUCUUAAGUGUUCCCCAACUCUAAAUUCUAUCACCACUCAUGGAGCUGUCACUAGGUACAGUCUGGUAUACUUUUUUGAAUUAAUUGUAAGAUGUAACAAUACUUUUGGAAAGCUUAUCAUUUUGCAAGUAGAGGACUAAUUCAGCCAAAGGAGCAGAGGUUAGGUUAAUAUAGGCAGUCCGUUAGGUUAAUAUAAAAUUCCUGUUUAGCUUUUAAAGGUAAUGUAGUUUCUACUUAGGUUGGAUUAGAAAGAGCUUGAAUGAACCCUUCUGGUGAGUGCAGAGGCCAAAGCAAUGAUGGUGAUAUAAUCGGCUGUUUUCCUUACUUGAACUUAUACUCUACAGCUUCAGCAGCCUAUGCUUAAGUGCUAAAGAAAAUAAGAGAACCUAGAGAGUCAAUACUUAAAAUUAUGAAUGGACAGAAAAUCUGUAAUACAGUAAAUUCAAUUAGUCUUCUACUUAUUCCUCUUAUGCAUUUAAUUGCUAAGUUCUUCAAGCAUGCAUUUGAUUUAAAAAAGUGAACUCUGUAACAGGGAAUUCAGAUGUAAGGACAGCUUUACAGUAAAGUUAGUACCACCUAAUCGGAUACAAUGUGGUCAAUUAGAACUACAGUUCUACUAGUUACUAGCAGUUUCUGAAAUACAAAUGUCUGACAAUUUUGUUUUGUCAGAGCUACAAAAAAGGCAAUUCUCCAAAAAGAAUGCCAGUUUCAUUAUAAGCCAAUUGUAAAAGAAUCCAGUCAUGAAAUUCCAGAAAUUAGAAUGCCUUUAUAUAGAGGUUUAAUUCAAGAACUUUUUUAAGAGACUAAACAAACUACUUGCAAAAGUAAAAACUUAUUUAAUUUUAUGACCUGAAGUUGAUUUUGCUGUUACUGAUAUUUACUGUAUUAAAAAGUCAUACAACUUUAGGAUCAAUUAAAAAAUCCUGAUCUUACAACCCUGUUGGUAAUGAAACUGUAGCAGAGAGGACUACGUAUUAAAGUAUUAAAAACUGUAUUUAGGAAUGGCUGAUAAAUGUGUGCAAAGCAUGGUUCCAAUAGACUGGGACACCUGUGUUAAACCCUUCUGAGAAUGCUUCUCUAGAGGGACAUUUAAACUGACCGCAGACAAACACCGAGACCACUUUCCCCUAAAAGUAACAUUACUUACUUUGUGAUACUUUAUGUCUACUUCUGCUUGGAGUAAUUCUUAUAUUAAAACUUACCUGCAAAUUUCAAAA